UUAACCUUUGCAAAAAGUGUGUAAUCAUAAACUUAACAUAUUCUAAAUAGAAAAAAGAGAACCUUGACGUCGUCAAAAUGGUCGAGUGGACAGAUGCUGAGCGCACCGCCAUCUCAACCCUGUGGGGAAAGAUCGAUGUUGGGGAAAUUGGACCCCAGGCUUUGACCAGACUUCUGAUUGUGUAUCCGUGGACUCAAAGACACUUCGGGUCAUUCGGCAACCUGUCUACCAACGCUGCCAUCCUCGGAAAUCCUAAGGUGGCCCAACAUGGAAAGGUAGUUAUGGGUGGGCUGGAAAGCGCUGUGAAGAACUUGGACAACAUCAAGAAUACCUACGCCAAACUGAGCGUAAUGCACUCCGAAAAGCUUCAUGUGGAUCCUGAUAACUUCAGGACUCUUGCUGAAUGCAUCUCCGUGGUUGUAGCUGCCAAGUUUGGGCCCAGCGUCUUCACCCCCGGUGUCCAGGAGGCCUGGCAGAAGUUCCUUGCUGUGGUCGUCUCCGCCCUGGGCAGACAGUACCACUAAGUCUCUGGAGUGGCAUUUCACAUUCACAAUAAUUUGAUGAGCAGCAGUCUUUUUACAGUAGUCAAAAUUACAAAUUUACUGUCUGGAAACUGUUGCAAACUCUAAAUAAAAUUCAACAUAAAGCCUA